GGUCUCUUUUAGCUUUGAACCGCUAGCCACAACCCCGGCUGCUAACAACAACAAAGGCUGGCGAGUGAGUGCAGAGCUUCCUGUCCCGUCGCCGCAUGUUGCAUCCAGGUCACACGUUCGAUUCCCUUCUGGCCGUGUGUCACUUUGUGUCCAUGUGGGCUCGGACCGGAAGCCUGCCGAGGCUGGCGUGGACCGGCUGCCGAAGAAUGGGGAAUUUUACAUCGUCACAGACUGGGAGUCUGUCGAGCACAUCCUGCGUACAGUAUGUUCAGGAAGUGGUGUCACAGAACUGUGUCGUGAUUUUCUCCAAGACCACCUGUCCUUAUUGCAAAAUGGCCAAGAACGUGUUCAAUGAAAUCGGUGCCAACUACAAAGUGGUGGAACUGGAUGAACACAAUGAUGGGAGGAGACUGCAAGAGGCCUUAGCUCAGGUGACCGGAGCCAGAACGGUUCCGAGAGUCUUCAUCAACGGAAACUGCAUCGGCGGCGGCUCCGACACCAAACAGCUCCACCAGCAGGGGCGGCUGGUGCCCCUGAUCGAGCAGUGCGCCCCCUGCUGCUCCAGCGCCGAGGGCUCCGCCAGCGGACAGUUCGCUAAAUGACUAACCGUUCUUAUCAUAUCUCUCAAUCCUGUAUUUAUUCAUUGUUUGCUCGAUCUGCUGAGACAGGUUCUACGAUGCUUGAGCGAGCCUGUUAUGUAUUUAUUACAGUGUAUUGCAUGUUUCAUGUUUAAAACACGUAUGUUUUCAUGCAGGGAUGUUACCGAACUAUUGUUAAAGCUGCCAUAUUUUAAACAAAGCCUGUGAAUAAGAGAACUACUUCAAAUCUCUUCUGUAUGGUUGUUUUGUUUUUAACCAUAUUACACUCACGAACAAGCACGACCUCCGGCAUCAAGCGUCAUCAAACAGUGGACACACGGCAAAGUGUUGACUCACGUUCUGUUUAUGGAUUUUGAGGGAAUUUGUACAUGUCUUUGUCACACUGAAAUAACUCCAGAUUUGUUUAUGUUAUAAGCAUUUAAAAAAAAAUGUUCUAAUUGAAAAAUUCAAUGUUGGUUAAUUGCAUUGACUGUAAAUGGAAAAUCAUAUAUUCGUUUUGCGUUUUUUACUUGACUGUCAAAAACAUUUUCCAUUUCUGUCGCUGUGUGAUUUUAUUUAAAAUUGGGUAUGUGGUUAUUUUGUGUCAGGAAUCAUGAUGCUGCUCGGUGUGAUGCAUAUUUAAAGUGAAUGGGCAUGUGUAUGAAGACGAAUUAUGUUUUUUAAUAAACUGAAUGUAUUCUGAUAUUAAAUAAAUAUGAAACUGCUAUUUUUCUGA